GACAGAUCCAGGUGAGGGUGAGGGGCAUAAUGGUGCCUCCAGUCCUGUUCAGGAAGAUACACCCAGCACCUGCAGCCCCACCUGAUCUUAGAGGCCGCUCUGGGCUUUUUCUUUUUCAGGAAUGGAAGCCAGGGAAGGAAAUCAGCUGACUCAGGAGCCGGAGUGAGAGCGGCCGCCGUUGUUGUGCACCCUCCGCCCCAGCCUGCACCAUGAACUUGCCUUCACCUUCUGCGCCUUGAGAGCCACGGGAGGGCUACCUUGCUAGAGAGAGAUGGCUUUCUUUACUCCCUGGAAGUUGUCCUCUCAGAAGCUGGGCUUUUUCCUGGUGACUUUUGGCUUCAUAUGGGGGAUGAUGCUUCUGCACUUCACCAUCCAGCAGCGAACUCAGCCUGAGAGCAGCUCCAUGCUGCGGGAGCAGAUCCUGGAUCUCAGCAAAAGGUACAUUAAAGCGCUGGCCGAAGAAAACAGGAACGUGGUGGAUGGCCCAUAUGCCGGUGUCAUGACAGCUUAUGAUCUGAAGAAGACGCUGGCUGUGUUGCUGGAUAACAUCUUGCAGCGCAUUGGCAAGCUCGAGUCGAAGGUGGACAAUCUAGUCAACGGCACAGGAGCAAAUUCUACCAAUUCCACCACAGCUGUCCCCAGCUUGGUAUCACUUGACAAGAUUAAUGUGGCAGAUAUCAUUAAUGGAGUUCAAGAAAAAUGUGUAUUGCCUCCUAUGGAUGGCUAUCCCCACUGCGAGGGGAAAAUCAAGUGGAUGAAAGACAUGUGGCGCUCGGAUCCCUGCUACGCAGACUAUGGAGUGGAUGGGACCUCCUGCUCCUUUUUUAUUUACCUCAGUGAGGUUGAAAAUUGGUGUCCCCGUUUACCUUGGAGAGCGAAAAAUCCCUAUGAAGAAGCCGAUCAUAACUCAUUGGCGGAAAUCCGUACGGAUUUCAACAUUCUCUACAGCGUGAUGAAAGAGCACGAGGAGUUCCGGUGGAUGAGACUCCGCAUCCGGAGAAUGGCUGAUGCGUGGAUCCAAGCUAUCAAGUCCCUGGCAGAGAAACAAAACCUGGAAAAGAGAAAACGGAAGAAAAUUCUUGUGCACCUGGGGCUCCUGACCAAGGAAUCUGGCUUCAAGAUUGCAGAGACGGCAUUCAGCGGUGGCCCUCUCGGUGAACUAGUUCAAUGGAGUGAUUUAAUUACGUCUCUCUACCUACUGGGCCAUGACAUCCGGAUCUCAGCUUCACUGGCUGAGCUCAAGGAGAUUAUGAAGAAGGUUGUUGGAAACCGCUCUGGCUGCCCCACUGUAGGAGACAGGAUCGUCGAGCUUAUUUAUAUCGAUAUUGUGGGACUUGCUCAAUUUAAGAAAACUCUAGGACCAUCCUGGGUUCAUUACCAGUGCAUGCUCCGGGUGCUCGAUUCCUUUGGGACAGAACCUGAGUUCAACCAUGCAAGCUAUGCCCAGUCGAAAGGCCAUAAGACACCCUGGGGAAAAUGGAAUCUGAACCCACAGCAGUUUUACACCAUGUUUCCUCACACCCCAGACAACAGCUUUCUGGGCUUCGUGGUCGAGCAGCACCUGAACUCCAGUGACAUCCACCACAUUAACGAGAUCAAAAGGCAGAACCAGUCCCUUGUCUAUGGCAAAGUGGAUAGUUUCUGGAAGGUGAGUCAGCCUGCCUGCGUGUCGAGCUCUCUGAACGGAAGCUUGGGAGGUAAUUUAAUUUUGCUUUGA